CACAUCAUUAUUAGCCAAUAGAUUAAUGUGGACAUGAGUUUAAAGGCAGUGUUGUUUAGAGAUCUGCUUAUCUUUGCAGGUCACAAUGGAUCGAGGAGUAUUGAAAGUGAUUUUGUUGGCCGUUUUUCUCAUUUCUGCCACUUCAGAUCCUGUUACGAAGACACAAGAUGUGAAUAUUUACAGUUUCUACAUUAACUCUACUGUGACCAGUCGCUACGCCACCACAAUCAUCACAAGCCGUGUGGCAAACAGACUUAAUGAAUCUCAGGAGAUCUUCUUUGAAGUUAAGAUACCCAAGAAUGCCUUCAUCAGCAAAUUCAGAAUGACCAUAGAUGGAAAGAGCUAUGAUGGAGUUGUGAAGGAGAAAGCAGACGCGCAGCAGCAGUACAGUCAAGCAGUUUCACAAGGACAAAGUGCUGGACUCAUCAAGUCUGUUGGAAGGACUUUAGAAGAAUUUAAAACAUCAGUGAAUGUGGCCGCUCUCAGUAAAGUCACCUUUGAGUUGACUUAUGAGGAACUGCUAAAGCGUCGCCUUGGCAAAUAUGAGCUGCUCAUCAAUGCACAACCAAUGCAGGCGGUGAAAGAUUUCAAGAUUAAUGUACACAUCCAUGAGAAACCAGGAAUUUCCUUCUUGGAAGUGAAAGGAGAUCUGAGCACCGAUGAUCUGGCCAAUGCCAUCAAAACCACCAGAGCUGACAAAGAUGCAUGGGUGACCUUCUUCCCCACUCGAGAUCAGCAGAAAAGGUGCAAAAACUGUGAUAAAAAUGGGUUGAAAGGAGACCUGCUCAUUACAUACGAUGUUGAAAGACAAAAUCCUAAUGGAGAAAUGACAGUAUCAAACGGGUAUUUUGUCCACAACUUUGCACCAUCAGGUCUUCCACGCAUUUCCAAAAAUGUGGUGUUUAUCAUUGACCGAAGUGGCUCCAUGCGCGGAAAUAAAAUUGUGCAGACACGUUUGGCACUGCUAAGGAUUUUGAGCGAUCUUGCUGAGGACGAUCACUUUGGAUUGAUCACCUUUGACAGUAAAAUUAAACUCUGGAAGCGUGAACUCCUUAAAGCUACUGAGGCCAACCUGGAGGAUGCAAAAUCUUUCGUGAAGAACAUUGUGGACCGGGGAGCCACAGACAUAAACGCUGCAGUACUGGAAGGAGUAAAGAUGAUCAAUCGGCACCCACAAGAGGGAACGGCCUCGAUCUUAAUUCUACUGACUGAUGGAGAUCCCACAACAGGUGAAACCAACAAAGAAAGGAUUAUGUCUAAUGUGAGAAAGGCCAUUGAGUCAAAGUUUCCCCUCUAUUGUCUUGGUUUCGGAUAUGAUGUGAAUUUUGAUUUCCUAACAAAAAUGUCACUGGAAAAUAAUGGAGUUGCCCGCAGAAUAUAUGAGGAUUCUGAUGCCGAUCUACAGCUGCAGGGCUUUUAUGAUGAAGUUGCCGUCCCGCUCCUAACUGAUAUCCAACUUAACUACAUAGGAGUCUCAAAUCUUACCCAGAACAAUUUUGCCCUGUACUUCAACGGCUCUGAAAUUGUGGUAUCCGGACAAAUUACAGACAACAAUGUGGAGAGCAUCAGCACUGAAGUCAUCGCAAUAUCAAAAGGCAAUAAGGUGACGUACCAUGAUGCUGUAAUAACAAAAGAUGUAACCGAUGUCCUACCUGAACAUGAAGAUUUUAUGGAAAGACUGUGGGCCUACCUUACAGUGAAACAACUUCUGGACAAACAGGUUCUUCUUGAAGGUCCAGAAAAAGAGGCUGUAAAGAAUGAAUCUCUCAAACUUUCACUCAAAUAUCAGUUUGUUACACCUCUCACAUCUAUGGUUGUUACCAAGCCACAGGAAGGUGACGUGGAGGUUGCAGACAAACCCAAAGAGGGAAAAGAAUCACACAGACCUCCAGUUUCUGGUAGAUUAGGAAGCCAUAGGAUACACUCAGGAGCACCACUUUUAACAAGUCACUUGCAUUUGUUGACAUCUAGUCACCGUCCAGGGCCGGGUUUCCCAAAAGCAUCGUAACGCUAAGUAGAUUGUAAAAACGAUCGUACGAAUCAUCUUAGAAUUACGGGCCGUUUCCCAAAAGCUUCGUUACUUAAGUAGCACUUGAAAAUCAUUGGGUUCUUCUUUGUUUAUUUGUUUAAAUUAAAUUACUUUAAUAUAAUAUAUUUAAAUUUCAAAUGAGUAAUCAAAUUUAAAUGAAUAAACAUACAUUUUUAAAGAAGGAAAAUGUAUUUGGUACAAUUUUGGUAAAAGUUGGUACUACCAAAUUGAUCAAUUGUUCCUAACAAUUGCUGGUAUAAUUCAUCUACAGUAAAAUAAAAAACUUUUGAAGGGAAAUGGCAUCUGAUUAAAGAAACCAAAUAAAUAUUUACAGAACAAUGCAAUAAUCCAUAAUAAAAAAUAAACAUAGAUAAUAAACAACAAAUAAUAAUAAUAAUCUAAACUAUAAUAUAAAAUGCAGAAGGCAUUUCGGAGUGGGACGAGUCCUAACUAAAUACGGAAAAUGAUAUUUCAUUAUGCACAAAUUAUUAAAACAUUUAAAAACGCACGUAAAUGAGCAACAAAUGUUCAUUAAGUAGCUCGUAGAAAGCGCUCUUAGGUGCUAAGUUCAAUCGUUAUCGGGAAACCCAGCCCAGGUAGGUAAUAAAACGACAACCUUACAGUAAGAUGCUCAACUCAAGAUUAUUUUAUUUUAACGCAUUUGUACUAAACGAUCAUUGACAGUUUCUGCGAUGCCACCUGAUAGAGCUCGAGGACAUCGAAAAGGUUCUAGAGG